AUGAAGGCCGGUGUUCUCUCUGGGACAUCCACUUGUCACACAUUUGACAGUGCGGCAGAUCGGUACGGUCGCGCCGACGGGAUCGGGGCACUAUACGUGAAAAGACUGUCUGAUGCCAUUGCAGACGGCGACCCUGGAGGUAACGUUGAACGGAGGCGCAACGCUGAACUCAUUGUACAGCUCGAAGGUUUGGAACUAAUGGGCGCUGGAGUCCAAUUACUCACGAGAGUAGUAGCUGCCAGCGGAUGCGACGUACAAGAGAGCCUCCAAGAACAGACUGGUCUAGAGCUUGUUCUGUUCCGAACAAUCCACCCAGACGACCUGACCAGCAGGGAUAUGGUCCUUCGCAAAUCCAGGGCAUGGGCCAAUGCUGCGACCUUGACCCGCAACUCGGCAAUUUGGAAAGCUCAUGAUGGAGAAGUAUGA